AUGGUUCGCAUCAACUGCGUUGCGGCUCUUCUUGCCGUCUCCUUCUCUACCGCUCUGGCUGCGCCAGGCUCCUUUUUUAGCGAGUCGAGCCUUAUUUCUGCCCGUCAAAACCAAAACUCGGGUAAAGUGACAACUGUCAACGCUGGCGCAAACGCUAUUGGCAAGGGAAAUGGCGGCCAAUUUACCGUCGGCGGCUGCAUCAAUGACGCGGACUGCGGAAGCGGUUGCUGCGCUGGAGGUGCCGUCAGCGGCAGCACUGGUCGUGCCGGAGUUGGUGUGUGCUCUGGUAAGGGCGGUGGUGUUGAGUUCCAGAAGGGCAAGACUGGAUGCGGCUUCCAAGAUCCUAAUGCGCAGCUUACUCUGCAAGAAGCCGCUGAUCAGGUGAAGAAGCAGGGAUUUUAG